AGCACCGAUUAAAAAGGUAAACAAACCAAAUAUUUCACCAUUUUACCGGGUUUGCCGGCUUUGUAGCUUAAAAUUAAACACAUAACAAUGCACAACACUUCCAAAAGCAACAAAGAGUCGCAACAGAGGCUGGAGCAGGCUGCCAACGAGGCGCGCAUCACGCAGAUCGAGGAGUUCAUCAACGAAGUCCUGAAGGAGGACCUGCGGCAGCUGGAACACUGCAUUGGUCAAUACAACGAGGAGAUAAUGGAGUACGUGCAGCUGAAGAACACACUCCAAACCUUCGACACACACUUGCCCGAGGGCUACAAGACGCAGGUGAACAUCGGCAGCAACGUCUUCAUGCAGGCCAGGGUACGCCAGAUGGACCGCAUCCUGGUGAACGUGGGCAAGGAUGUUUACCUGGAGAUGACCCUGCCGGAGGCGGAGCAGUUCAGCGACGUUCGCGUCAAGAUACUGACCAAGCAAUCCGAAGUUCUGCGCGAGGAGAGCGUCAAGAAGCGGGCCCAAAUCAAAAUGGCUUUAAUAGCCAUCAGCGAAAGGGCCAAGCUCAUCCAGCAGGAGGAUGGGAAGUAGACAAGGAGCAGGAGUAGACUAGCAGGAGAGAAAGAUGAGGAAUGAGGGUACCUUACAUUAACUGAAGUUCAGGAAAAAGCAGAUGCGCCUCUGUUUUAAAUUAAAAUAUUAUUUUAUAAUAUC